CCAGCUCAUCAUCAUUUGUGCUUUGAACUUCUUAAGUGUAAAUUGCUCGUUUGCUUCUGCUCGAGAAAAUUUCGUGAAACCCCAAAACCAAAACAAACAAAAAUGAAAUUCUUUUUGCUAUUGGCUUUGGCCCUUGUGGGCAUUGCUGCUGGAGCUCAGCUUCCUGACUCCGCCACCCAGGGACCCAAUCCUCAGGAUAUUGCCACCCCGGAGCCGGAGUACAUUGAUAUCGACGAACCUGCACCGGUGGCUGCCGCACCUGCUCCUCGUCCUGUGGCCGCUGCUCCCCGUCCCGUCUUCGCCGCCCCUGCUCCCAUCGCUCGGCCAGUUGCUCAUCCAGUGGCUCGCCCCGUGGUUGUGGCCCAAUCCUUCGUCCAGCAGCCCGUCCAGCAGCAGAUUGUCCAGAGGGCUCAGUACGUGGCGCCGGUGGCUCAGCAGGUGGUGUUGCCGCAACAGCAGCUGGUGGGACACACCUACAACAGCAGGGCUGGAUACCAGUACCGCCGUCCAGUCUAUGUAAGACGUUUCUAUCGCCUGCGCCGCUACUAAGAGGACGCAGCUAGAUCUUAACUAUAUUUAAUACGUGCUCGACAACCCCAGUAAUUCCUCCUAUUUUGUCGUUUCUCUUCCUUCUCCUCCACUCCUCACCUGCCUGAAUCAACUCUCUACGCACCAAUCUUCAACUCAAAAACCAAUCAAAAUCAAAACCCAAACCGUAUCAAGCAUUAACAAUUAUCCAAAUCAACACACACAUUAUCACGCACUGAUCCACACUAUCAAACUGUCCAACUAUCAAAAUAUCGUAUUAUAACUAUCCUAAUCCUAGAACGAAACCAUCAAAGAAACGACCAACAAGAAGAAGUCAAGAUCAAAAGCAUAAAGAGCGAAGUACAAAGAGACAAAUGAUGUUCUAAAGACAAAGAUCGAAAAACGAAGUAUUCAGUUAUUGUUGAAUUGCCCAGUAAAGUACGAAUAAAUAAACGUAAAUUAUUUGUAAAAAU